AUGCGCGACAGCAAGCGCAUCUCCCUGCUGGCUUUGGCGGCUGGUGCAGCUGGUCAACUCUUGAUGCCAUGGACAACCGACUUUGCAUUGAGCUCGGCGAACGCCAAAAUCGGCCCCGACGGUCCUUGGCAAGCCGUCGUCAUUUCAAUCAACGGUAACAGAAUGCCUCUCUGGCCAGGCGGCUCCAGUUCCACGGAACUUCUGACCGAGGAAGUGAACGGCACGUACACUCCUGGCGCCUCGGCUAAGAAAUCAGGAAACUUCAGGUCGAACGCAGACAGCUGGUUAAGUCAUUUCUUCAUUGGCGGCGGAUUUCGCGGUCAGGAAUACUACGAUGAGAUGGAAUUGCCAACAAAAUUCGGAACGCCUGGCGACUUCCGUGUAAACGCAACCAUUAUCGCUGAUAACGCCUGGCGGUCUAUCCCUAACGGAACCACACCUGCUCCAACCAUCGGGCUGCUCGGGCUAGGACCAAAGACAUCCAGGAGCAAUGACAAGUCAGCCGGCUCAAUAUUGGAACAACUACGGGCUGCGGGGAAAAUCGAAAGGUCGACAUGGGGCUUGCAUAUUGGAAGCGCAGCAUUGGAUAUCCCUGGGUCACUCGUCCUCGGCGGCUACGAACAGAACAGGGCCCUAGGGGAGGUUGGUACCUUUACACUCCAGGAAGGCGUACCGCGGGUCUUUCUCCGAGAUGUGAUAAUGGGCACCGAGAUCGGAGCGUCUUCCUCUUUUCCGGCGUCAGUAAACAGGAGCUUCUGGGUAGAGCCCACGGGAGUGGGCAUGGAAAACUCCAAGAUUUUGGGUGGCCCGGCAGGAUCGGCUGUGGUGUUACCCAACCCGGUGUCACCGUACAUCUAUCUGCAGCGAGGAGUAUGUGAAGCCAUAGCCGAAAAUCUGGGGCUGACUCUCCACAAAGACACGGGGCUUUAUUUGUGGCAGUCAGGUCGCAAUGGCUCCGUCAGUGAGUUCAUCAACUCUCCGUCAUAUCUAGCCUUUGUCCUUUCCGACAACACUGCAGCCAACUUGACAGUCAAGGUUCCUUUCAAAUUGCUCAACUUGACACUGGAGCCGCCCUUGGUGGAGGAGAAAGUGAGCUACUUCCCGUGCAAAUCCGUUGAUGGAUCCUCGGGUCAAUGGCAGUUGGGACGCGCAUUUCUACAGGCUGCUUUCCUUGGGGUCGACUACGAUAAGAAUGUCAUGUACAUUGCCCAGGCCCCUGGCCCUGGGGUAGAGCAAAGCGUUGUGCAGAAGUUCGAUGACUCAGUUCUCAAAACGAAUCCGAUUGAAUCAUUCCAGGCGACCUGGAGCAAGACUUGGACGGUGACAGCUUUGGAAGAAGAAAGCCAGCCAAAGACAGAAGAUGGCCUAUCACCAAUUGGUAUAGUGGGCAUUGUUUUCGGCGUCAUCGUCGGCAUCAUAUUCAUCUUGUGGUAUAUCCGCCACAUCAAAAAACUCAAGCAGGCUCCCGGAGCACCACCAGAUCAUGUGGACAAGGCAAUUGCCUGGUUCGCCAAAAAGAUGGGCAGACACAAAGAAGAUCCGGCUCUGAGUGAGACGUGCUCUAUAAAUGGUCUUGAGGUUGGGUCGCCUAGAAAGGGAGAUUUAAGCAGAAAUAGCAGUUGGAUGACUGAGUUGGAUGCGGGCCAUUUGCCAGCAGAAAUGGGAGGCUCGGGUGUGAAGGCUAAAGAGCUUGACUCAACGGCUGUGCCUGCAGAAAUCGAAACACCUUUGCCGAGAUACCCAGAUGCAGCAGCUCAGCCGUUCACACGCGAGGCACCAAAUAGCUAUAUGGUGUACGAGCUGCCUGCACAUACAUACACAAAGUACGAAGACAGAUUAAAGGAUGGCUGA